ACAGCUGAUUUUGACAGUUCCCUGUUAUAGUUUGUGUUUUUCAGAAGUGUUCAAAAAAUGUGAUUUUAUUAUAUUUUCUAAUUAAUUAAAAUGAUCUCGAAUCGAAUUAUAAAGUUUAACAGGCAUAAAUCAUGUCUACUUGUGUCACGAAAUGCGAGCACUACGCCGGAUACGAAGUCAAUUCAACCUCCUAACCCAAGGAGGAUAAGUUCUGAUAUGGUCGGGCCCCCCGACCCCGUGUCCAACCUUAGGAAGGUGAUAUUUAGGAUACCUCCGAACGAAACUGAGUUAGAAAGAAAGUAUAGAGAACUGAGGACAGAGGUUCAAGAAUGGAAUCAAAAGUUUUGGGAGAAACACAAUUCUAGGUUUUAUCAGGAAAGAGAAGAAUACCUUAAGAAAAAUAUGCCCACAGACAAACAGAACCUUACUGCAGAUGAAAUGAGUGUGUUUUACAAAGCUUUUUUAGAUAAAAACUGGAAACUUCACCUGAAUUAUAAUGUAGAAUGGUACAAAAAGAAUUUCGCCCUACUAAGCCUAGCUAUAAGAGUAAAGCUAAUGAAGCUAUUUAGAUUUAAAGAUUAGGUCCAUUAUCAGAUUUUAUAGGCAAUUGUUUGUAAAUGAAGAAUGUUUAUUUUGUAUUAAUAAAAUAAUAUAUAAAUAAAGUAUCUUUGUUAAUUUA